AUGCCUGAUCGUACAGUCUCCGUCGCUGUGACUCAAGCCGAGCCCGUCUGGCUCAACCUCCAAGCAACCGUCGACAAGACGUGCAAGCUCAUAGCACAGGCAGCAUCCAACGAUGCUCAGCUUAUUGCAUUCCCCGAGGUCUGGAUCCCAGGCUAUCCUUGUUGGAUAUGGGCUCGUCCCGUUGAUAUAGGUCUGAAUGUGACUUACAUCAAAAACUCCCUCCGCAUGGGCUCUCCAGAGAUGGAAAGGAUUCAAGCCUGUGCACGGGAGCAUGGGAUUGCCGUGUCUCUUGGAUUUUCGGAGAACGACAACAACUCGCUCUUCAUCUCCAAUGUCCUCAUUGGGGCUGAUGGAGCGAUCAAAGUUCACAGACGAAAGAUGAAGCCGACCCAUAUGGAACGCACCGUGUUUGGAGACGCUUCUGGACAUUGCUUGCGCAGCGUGGCGGAGCUCCCAUUUGGUCGUGUUGGGUCGCUGUCUUGCUGGGAGCAUAUUCAGCCGCUGCUCAAGUACAACACCAUAUCACAAAAGGAAGAGAUUCAUGUUGCGGCAUGGCCUCCUUUGCACUCCCAAGUUGGGGAGUCCAUUCCAUGGUCGAUGACCGCGGAAGGAUGCAAGACGCUUUCGCGCACCUAUGCCAUUGAAUCGGGAGCCUUUGUCUUACACUGCACGGCAGUCAUCUCAGAAGACGGUGUCAAAACAUUGGAAUCGGCUGGAGGAGCGCUCAUGUCCAGCCCCGGCGGAGGCCAUUCGACCGUCUUUGGUCCAGAUGGCCGGAGCAUGACGACGCCAAUUAGCGAGACGGAGGAGGGCAUUGUUUACGCUUGCUUGGAUAUGGAUGAGCUGAUGGUGAAUAGGAUGUUUGCUGACUGCACGGGGCAUUAUAGCCGUCCGGACCUCUUGUGGCUGGGAGUCUCGCCGGAGAUUAAGACGGUGACGAGAUGGCAGAAUGAAGAAGCAGUUGCUCAACGGCCGGGUGAUGCGUCUGGUCAUAACUGGACUUGA